AUGCUGCUCCUGCUGCCCCUGCUUUUUCAGGGACUUCUCUGCUAUGGGGAAAGCACAGAGGUCCCAUCUUCCUCUGCUCCCCAGGCCUUAGGACCCUGCCAUCCAGCAGUUGAAGAGCCUUUCUCCUUCCAUAUUCUCCAGAUCUCCUCCUUUGCCAACCACAGCUGGGCCCACAACCAGGGCUCAGGCUGGCUGGGCGAGCUGCAGACUCAUGGCUGGGACAGUGCCUUGGGCACCAUCCGCUUUCUGUGGCCCUGGUCCCAGGGAAACUUCAGCAAAGAAGAGUUGAAGAACCUCCAGGCACUAUUCCAGUUUUAUUUCAAUGGUUUCAUCCGGGAAGUGCAGGCCUUUGCCAGUCAGUUACAGUUUGAAUACCCCUUUGAGUCCCAGAUGUCAUCAGGCUGUAGAAUGUGUCCUGGGGAUGCCUCUGAGAGCUUUCUAAAAGUGGCAUAUCAAGGAACAGAUUUCCUGAGUUUCCAAGGAAAUGCCUGGCAGCCAGCUCCAGGAGCAGGAUGUCGGGCCCAGAAUGUCUGCAGGGCGCUCAAUUGCUACCGAGAAAUUAAAGAGAUAGUGCAGAACCUUCUCAGUGAGACCUGCCCUCGAUUUCUAGCAGGCCUCCUUGAAGCAGCGAAGCCAGAACUGCAACGGCAAGUGAAGCCUGAGGCCUGGCUGUCCAGAGGCCCCAGCCCUGGUCCUGGCCGUCUGCUGCUGGUGUGCCACAUCUCAGGAUUCCACCCUAAGCCUGUGUGUGUGAUGUGGAUGCGGGGCGAGCAGGAGCAGCCGGCCACUCAGCGAGACGACGUCCUGCCCAAUGCUGACAGGACAUGGUGGCUCCGGGUGACCCUGGAUGUGGCAGCUGGGGAGGCGGCUGGCCUGUCCUGCCGAGUGAGGCACAGCAGCCUUGGAGGCUAUGAUAUAAUCAUCCACUGGGAUGGAUAUUCCAGCUUCCUGAUGCUGAUCUGUUUGGCUGCAAUUGUUACCCUGUUCGUGUUCAUUGUCCUGGGCUCAUGGUUUAAAAAGCAGAGCUCAUAUGGGAACAUCCUCUCACUUCUUAAACACCACUUGCCUUUACUAUUGGAACCAAAAUCCAGGACCUCAGAAGCUCUGGACCCUGGCUUUGCUUGGCACAUGAAUCAUGGGUCCAAAACAGAUUCCUGAAGAAGUGGAAAACAAGCCUAAACCAACUCCAGUGACACUAGUUUUACUUUGUUUGUAAAAUCCUUGUCUGGUUUUGCUUAAAUGUAAUUGAUGCCUAUAAAUAAACCAUCAUUCUGUUGAAACAGCUUGUUUUGGUAGAAAACCUGACCCUUAGGAAAUCUGCUUUAUUUAAAUCUUUCAGUGAUACUUCUACUGCUUUGGCCACAUGUUUAUCUCCAUCAGUUCUUCAAAUUCUGACGCAGAUGCUUCUUUCUCCUGGAAGCUUCCCUGGACUGUCUAAUUGAAAGCUUUUCUGUAAUCCUGAAAUUGAACCAAUCUUGCAAAAGGUGCUCAUCUCUUCCUACUCUGUACCCUAGUUGUUUAGGCUUCUGUUGUCUUCUUUUGUAUUUUUGAGAGCAGAAUUCAGGUAAUUAUAUCUGUUUCCAUGAUCAGAAGCUUUACCUGAAUUCAAGGCCAGCUUCAUGGGCAAACGACCUGUGCAGUGAAUCCCAUGCUUCCAAGGGACUCAUACUUGAUUUAAUGCUCUGCUGUUGCCAUCAUGAAAUUCUUAGUAAUUUUUGAAUAAGAGAUACUGUAUUUUCAUUUUUCAUUGGCCCUUCAAAUUACAUAGAU